AUGACUCUAUCAGAGAAAGGAGGCAACGAUGAUGAAAAAGCUCCGGAGAUUCAAACAGUAAUAUCACAUGGAAAUGUCGACUUGCUGAAUAAAACGGGGUUUGAGCUUUAUGAAAAAGCACAAGACAUAUCAGAACAAGAGGAUAUCGAAGUAUACAGACGUAUUAGACGAAAGUUGGAUUGCAGGAUUGUGCCCUUGUUGUGUAUCACCUAUAUGUUGCAAUACUUGGACAAAUUAUCGUUAAAUUAUGCCUCCGCAUACACACUCAAAGAGGAUUUAGGAUUACAAGGUCAAAGGUAUUCGUGGGUUGCUGCUAUUUUCAAUUUCGGGUACUUGUUUUGGGCAUACCCAGCCAAUUACUUAAUUCAAAAGCUACCAGUUGCCAAGUACACUGGGUUUAUGCUAUUUACAUGGUCGAUAAUCUUGAUUGGCCAUGUAGGUUUGAAGAACUAUGGCGGUGCUCUAGUCAUCAGGUUCUUACUCGGUAUGUUUGAAGCAGGUAUAAGUCCAUCCUGUAUGAUGAUUUGUGGGUCAUUCUACACACUAAAACAACAACCAAUUCGUAUGAGUAUGUUUAUGUCAUUUAAUGGAGUAGCUACUAUGUUGGGUGCAUUGUUGGCAUUUGGAUUAGGACAUGUUGAUAAUGCCAAAAUUAACCAAUGGCAAUUGAUUUUUCUUGUCUUUGGAUUUAUAAAUCUCGUGUGGUCAGUGAUUUUCCUUUGGCUUUGUCCUGAUUCGCCCCAGGGUGCUAAAUUUUUAACUGAGGAGGAGAAGGCCAUCUUGAUCAAACAUAUUGCCAGUAACAAUCAAGGUGUCAAAGAUCAGAAAUUUGAAAAAUACCAAGCAUUUGAGGCGUUAAUGGACCCUGCUGUAAUCAUGAUUGCAGCAAUUGGAUUAGCAUGUGGUGUCAGCAAUGGAGGUGCUUCCAAUUUUAUAUCGGCUUUAAUCAAAGGAUUUGGGUUUGAUGGCAUUGAGGCCACUGCUUUACAAUUACCAUUAGGUGCCGUCGAACUAGUAUUGCUUGUUAUUGGUGGCAUCAUUGCAUUUAAAGUUAAAAACAUGAGAUGCUAUGUGCUCUUUGCGCUUUGCAUUGGACCCUUAGGUGGGUUAAUUGGCUUAUAUACGAUUCCGUUGGAACGCAAAUGGUCAUUAGUUGGAUGCUCAUUCAUGCAAUAUGUUGUUGGAGGACCCAUCAUCAUGUGUUGGAUCUUGUUAAAUGCCAACAUUUCAGGAAGUUCUAAAAAGACAACAGCAAAUGGAUUAUGGUUCAUAAUGUAUGCUACGGGUAAUAUAAUUGGAGCAAAUGUAUUCUAUGCGUACCAAGCGCCAAGGUAUGAGAGUGGUAUCAUUGGCAUGAUUACUAGCUAUAGUGGAAGCAUGCUUUUAGCAAUUUUGAUUCGUUUGGUAUAUAUGAGAAGGAAUAGGCUUAGAGAUAAGGAAUUGGGGGAACAGACUAAAGAGCAGGAGGAGCAGGCAAUAUUGAAUGGGUUCAUGGGAAUGACUGAUUUUGAAAAUAAGGGGUUUAGAUACUCCUUAUAG